AUGUUGCAAGCCAUAAAUGUACUUAAUCAAGCAACAACAGUUGCGCAAUUUCUUCAUCCACCAUCGUGGCCGAUCGAAUCGAUGAAUUUUCAUAGUUAUGGAUAUACAGUUCAUCUCACUCCUGAAAUGCAAGCAUGCCAAAUUGCCACUUCAUUGAUUGAAUCAAAUGGAUCGCAACGAAUUUCGUCAAGUCCGGUAUUGUAUCACGCAGUGCCACCUUAUAUCGUUCCAGUUUCGAAUUCGUCUCCACCAUUAACAACUCGUGGUUCCGAUGUCCAUAUUGACAUCAAUUUGUUGCCGUUUCCGUCAACUGAUGACACAGUUAUGGCAAGAGCAUUUAUCGAACAUUUGAUUGAAAUAGGAAGAAUUGAUGUCUACGCUAUCGACAAACGUGGCUCACGCUUCUUACAAAAAAUUUUUGUUUGUGGAGAUAUGUCUAUUCGUCAGAAACUUACCGAUCAUUUUCUGAAAAUGGACAUCUUUGUCAAACUGUGUGAUGACAUCUUUGCCAAUUUCUUUCUCCAAAAAUUGAUCGAAGAGGCAUGCAAUGAUCAGCAAGCGAUUAUUUGUUCAUUUCUUGAAACAAAUUUGGUAACAUUCAGUCGCGGUCGUUACUCAUGUCGAGUAGUGCAGAAAGCUUUCGAAUGUUUCGAUGUCGUGAAACGUUUGUCACUUUUGGACAAAUUGGAUGGUAGUGAAAAGGAUCUAUCAUUGGAUCAGAACGCGAACCAUGUCAUUCAGAAGAUUUUUUUGUGCGUUCCUUUUUAUGGAUAUAGUGGCAUUGUUAAUAAGUACUUGGCAUCAGAAGACAUUCUAAAUGAAAUUGUGAAAGACAGAUAUGGAUGCCGAAUUAUUCAACUAUCAAUGGAAAAGUUGGAAGAAGAAGUUGCAAAAAGUUCUAGACCUGCCACUUUGCUCCUUGAGCAGCUUGUUUCUAUGCUAGUAAAGAAUUGUUGGUCUUAUUCAACUCAUCAAUACGCAAAUUACGUUGUUCAGCAUAUUAUAACCUCAAAUACAUUGGAAAAGCAUCGGAAUAUGGUAAUAUGCGGAUUUCUGAGCAAUUUGCUAUCAAUGUCGCAAGAAAAAUAUGCUUCACACGUUGUUGAAAAAGCAUUAAAACAUGCUCCAUCCAAGCUUCUUUAUGCAAUGAUGGACGAAAUUUUUGAUGGCUACGAAUGUGACACAAAAGGACACGAUGCUGUGGAUGUUCUGCUUUUUGAUCAAUUUGGCAAUUACGUUAUACAGACAAUGCUCGAUAUCGCUGUUGAAGCAAAGGAAAAAAAACGUGCGGGCAGCGAAUCCUGGUUCAAGCGAUUAUCGGAACGAAUUAUUAAAAGUCAACAGAAACUUAUAAGGUAUUCAUCUGGAAAAAAGAUUCUGGAGAAAUUGAGCGCGGCAGUCUCGAAUGACAAAAACAUUCAGAAUGAAAAUUUCGAUCCCUCUCUAAGAUCAUUGAUUGUUCCAAAAAAAUUUCGUUAA